AUUCCAAGCUUACCUACUUCUCAAUGUUAUGUUGAUUAUGUCGUUUGUAACUUUUAAUAGGGCAUUUAAAAGUGACGUCACACCCGUCUGAUAAUUGAAGUGGUGUGCAAACGAUGCGAAAUGUACUAGGCAUUGUGCUCGCUGUUUAAACUAAAAUUACUCAAAAUUUUCAACGAACACAUUGAUAUUUUAAUACAGCAAAAUGUUCCUAGUUUUAUCCUCUUUAAAUUAGUUUUUUCCCGAAAGCUCUACCUUUUACCGUUCAAAAGUUUUAGUAGUUUAAAGUUGCGAAAACAAUGCUAAAACCAGCUGCGGGCGGCAAGUAUUGAACUUUGAACUAAAAUUACUCAAAAUUUUCAUCGAACACAUUGAUAUUUUAAUACUGCAAAAUGUUCGUAGUUUUAUCCUCUUUACAUUGAUUCUUUCCCGAAAGCUCUACCCUUAACCGUUCAAAAGUUCUUGCAGGUCAAAGUUGCCAAAAGAGUUCAUUACUUGCCGUCCGCAGCUGGUUUUUGCCUUGUUUCCGCAACUUUUAACUUCAAGAACUUUUGAACGGUAAAAGGUAGAGCUUUCGGGAAAAAAUCAAUGUAAAGAGGAUAAAACUACGAACAUUUUGCAGUAUUAAAAUAUCAAUGUGUUCGUUGAACAUUUUGAGUAAUUUUAGUAAACAGCGAGCACAAUACGAUUCUCCAUUCAGUACUGUAUAUUAUUCGUCUUGGUUUACACACCAGUUCGUUAUCACGUGACUCGGAUGACGUAGUUUGAAAUGCCCUAUAUAUACUAUCAAAUUAUAUUUCAUUUUAUGAAAAUUUUCAAAAAUGUGUCACACACGCGGUGCAGAUAAUUUCCAAGGUGAAUGUUUUCAACACCUUAAUGAAGGUUUAAAUUUGGUUUAAUUUUGUGUUUUGUUUAACGAUGGACAAGUGGUGCAAGUCAACAUUCUGGGAUUCCAAUCUCACAUGGUACGCUGAAGAUCCAGAAUUUACGCCAUGUUUUCGACAAACUAUACUAGUUUGGAUACCUUGUGGUUUUUUAUGGGGGUUUUUACCUUUGAAAUUAUACUACCUCAAGAAGAGCUAUACCAGAGAUAUACCUUACAAUACUUUCAAUAUUAUUAAAUUGGUUUUCAUUGUGAUUGCGACAUUACUCAAGUCAACUGAUGUUGUUCAAAGCAUUUUGUUCCAAAAUUUCGAACCUCCGGUAUAUUUUUAUUCUACUAUUGUAGAAUGUUUUACAUUGAUGUUAUUUCUCAUUUUAACUUGGGCUAAUAUCAAAAGAGGAAUUAGAUCAUCUGGAAUUUUAUUCUGCUUUUCAUUCCUUUCGGUGGUUUGCGGAAUACCUGAAAUUAAAGCAGUUGUUGAGAAUGGUUACAUCUUCAUAAAUCGCAGCAAAGACGAUGCAAAGGUCUCCUACGCUCUGUAUUAUAUUUGCAUCAUGGUUAUAUUUCUCAUGAAUUGUUUCGCCGAUGAAAAGCCUCGACGUUCAUUACGUAUCUGUCGACAAAAUAUUUAUCCAGCCAAAAAAGCUUCAUUUUUAUCAAAAUUAUUUUUAAACUGGUUCGGUACUUAUGUUUGGAAUAACCAUAAACAACCGGUGAAGAAUUACUUAUGGGAUUUAGAUUCCAAAGAUUGUGCAAAAGACAUUACCACAAGGCCAGGCCCUGAUCCUGGAUUAACAAAACUAUCAAUUUUAUUCAUAUUGCAUAAAGAACAUGGAUUAUAUUUCUGGUUCAUCACUGGUUUAAGAGUGGUGUUUGAAGUGCUCACUACUGAUUUAUUCAUCAUCUUUGACUGGCUUCUCUCAAGUUUGCACGCCAACGAACCCAUUUGGAAAGCAUAUUUUUACGCCAGUUUAUUUUUCGUUAAUAUCUUAAUUCAAUCUGUUGUACUGACAAAAUAUACAGAACAUGGCAGUCGAGUUGAAAUCCGAGUAAGAAACACGGUGAUCUCAUGUUUGUACAAAAAAGCGUUACUCAUUUCAAACGCAGUUAGAAAGAAAUACAGUACUAGCGAUAUUGUGAAUUUAAUGUCCGUGGAUACCUUUCAAUUACAAAAUGCUGUGAGAGUAUUAAUUUAUUUUGUCUCUUUGUGCACACAAAUGACGGUGUCUUACUUGUACCUUUGGUAUCUUUUAGGUAAAAGUGUUAUCGUCAGUAUUUUGGUUGUAUUGGGAAUAUUCCUAGCAGGCUACCUAUUAACAAAGCGCAUGAAACAACUCCAAAGAGAAGAAGUGAAAAAUAAAGAUAUUCGAAGUAGAUUCAUGCAAGAAAUUUUUUCUGGAAUCAAAGUUUUGAAAAUGUACGCUUGGGAACGCAGUUUUGAAAAAGUGGCAAUAAAUUUAAGGCAGACGGAGAAUAAAACGCUGAGAAAAAUUGCAAUUACUAAUACACUAUUUCAAAAUCUAUUUUUGAAUUCUCCAUUUUUGUCAAGUCUAGCAGCAUAUGCUAGUUUUGUUUUGGUGACACAGAAUGUGAUGGAUGUUCGAAUAACGUUUGUGUCCUUCGUCGUAUUCAAUUAUUUUCGAAUCGCUUUCGCUCAUAUACCUCAGCAACUCCUAUUUUUGCAACAGCUUAGAAUUUCAAUAAAACGCAUGAACGAAUUUUUGAACUCCGAAGAAUUGGAUCAAUCUGCAAUAUCUCACGAUGCCACAACUGAAAGACUGAUCAUGCAGAAUGCCUCGUUUUCUUGGAUUUGUAAAGACGGACCAGUUACAUUGGAAAAUAUGAACAUAGAAAUCAACAAUUCUGAAUUGGUUGCAAUUAUAGGACCAGUUGGCGCUGGGAAAAGUUCGCUGUUUUCCGCCUUUCUGGGAGAAAUGUACAAAAUUACAGGAUACGUGAAUACCAGAGGAAAAAUGGCGUAUGUUCCUCAGCAAGCGUGGAUUCUAAAUACGACCAUCAGAGAGAACAUAAAUCUAGGCGAUGAUAUUGAUAAAAAUGUUUAUGAAAGAACUAUCAAAGCUUGCGCAUUGAAUCAAGAUUUAAACGAAUUAACUGAUGGAGACUUGACGGAAAUUGGAGAGAAGGGCAUUAAUUUAAGUGGUGGUCAAAAACAAAGGAUAAGUUUGGCCAGAGCCGUUUGUCAAAAUGCUGACAUUUAUUUUUUCGAUGAUCCACUGAGUGCAGUCGAUUCCAAUGUUGCCAAUCAUAUAUUUCAAAACGUAUUGGGACCAAAUGGACUUUUGAAAGAUAAAACGAGGAUUCUCGUGACCCAUAGCACUAAAUUUUUUCCUUUUAUGGAUAAAAUAAUUGUGUUGAAAAAUGGAUGUAUCUCUGAAAUGGGUUCAUAUCAGGAAUUAUUGAACAAUGAAGGCGAGUUUACGAAUUUUGUUCGCACACAUGUUGAAACUGACAAAUCGCCUGAGACUCAGCAAAAUGCAAACAAUUCAAACACUGAGAAUGCCUCAGAACUGCCAAAAGAAAAAGAUUCAAAACUUUCCAAACCACCGAAGAAAAUCAGAAAAUCAACUCCGCGUAAAUUAAUUGAAGACGAAAGAGUGAAAUCAAAACAAAUCGAUGGCAAAUUAUACUGGAAAUACUUCAAAGCAGGAGGGAUUUUCCUCACUUUUGUAUCGCUGUUCAUGUUCGCAUUUUUCCAAACUAUUCUGAUGGUUUCUAAUGUAUUUCUGUCAGAGUGGGUAACCAGCGAAGAUGCUUUUCAAACAAAAUAUUCUUUCGUUGAAAUCUACGUAGGAUAUGGAGUCGUUCAAGUGAUUGUCAUCUCUCUGGGUGCUCAUUCAUUUUACAAAGUCAAUGUGAAAGCCUGCGAAUACUUUUAUCAUAGUUUACUUCAUAGCGUUCUGCGUUGGCCUAUGGCUUCCUUUGAUUCCACACCAAUAGGAAGGAUCAUUUCAAGAAUAAAUGAUGAUGUGUACACUAUCGAUAACUUCAUUGCAAUGAAAAUGGUGCAAUUUGUCACCCUUUUCUUUAGGUAUUUUUCUAUAUUCGUGUUCAUGAUAAUUACAAUUCCGUUAAGUUGCAUCAUAAUCAUUCCUAUCAACAUUGUGUAUUUUAUAAUACGAAAACAUUACAUUGGUCUUUCUCAUCAAUUAAAGCGGAUUGAAACAAUUCACAAAUCACCACUUUACUCCCAUUUAGUGGAAACUGUGACGGGUAUUCAAACAAUUCGAGCUUUUGGAUUACAAGAAAAAUUCACGUCUCGAUGUUAUCAAAAAAUUGACUUGUAUUCCGCUUCAUAUCAUUCUUCAGUUAUCUGUACAAGGUGGUUUUGUUCCAGAGUUGAAUUUCUAGAAGGCAUUAUUUUGUGCUCAUUGACAGCAUUACUGCUUUUUGAAAGAAAUUCUCUAACAUUGGGUCAAAUAGCUCUGCUAAUUGCAUUAGCAUUACAAAUGAUUCGAGGAAUUGCCUACAUGUCAGAUGUCAUAAAUGAAGUCGAGGAUGGUAUCAUAGCUGUUGAAAGAAUCAGCGAAUACCUUGCUUAUCCUCAAGAACCUGAUUGGGAUGAAUCAUCAGUCAGUGUUUCUGACACUUGGCCAGAUAAGGGAGAAAUUAUUUUCCAUGAUUACAAGCUGAGGUAUCGCGAAGGUCUGGAUUUAGUUCUGAAAGGAAUUUCAUUAACAAUUAAAAGUGGAGAGAAGGUGGGAAUCGUGGGUCGUACUGGAGCAGGUAAAACAUCAAUAAUCCAGGGACUGUUUAGGAUUGUUGAACCAGACGAUGGUACAAUUUUCAUUGAUAAUGUUUCUAUAAUGAAUGUAGGAUUGCAUACAUUACGAUCUAAACUAACAGUCAUUCCUCAGGAUCCUAUUUUAUUCUAUGGAACAUUACGUUUCAACUUGGAUCCUUUCGAUUGUUAUAAAGAUGAAUAUUUAUGGAAUAUUUUAGAAAAAUCUCAUCUUAAAAAUUUUGUCAACGAAUUGCCUGGCGGUCUUCAACACAUGAUCGACGAAGGAGGCCAAAAUUUAAGUUUUGGUCAACGACAAUUGAUUUGUUUAGCGAGAGCUCUAUUACGUAAAAGUAAAGUGCUGGUUUUAGAUGAGGCAACAGCUUCAGUAGAUGUGGAAACCGAUGAACUGAUUCAAAAAACAAUUCGUGAUGAAUUUUCUGACUGUACAGUCAUCACAAUAGCUCAUCGACUCAAUACAAUUCAAGACUACGACAAGAUUUUAAUAUUAGAUGGAGGUUGCGUGGUCAACUUUGAUUCAGCAGAAAAUCUACUAAAUCCAGCAAAUUCUCAACUUCGGAACAUGGUUCUUGAAUCAGGAUUACAAUGACGAGACGAAUAGAAAGAGAAUAUUUGAGCGCUGAACUGAGCAUUUUUAUUCAAAUAUCAUUAUACUUUCAACAUAUGUACUACUUCAGAAAAAUUUUAAGAUACUGAAAUACAUUCUUUAUAGACUGA